UUUAAAAAAAAAGCCACUCGCUUUUCUUCGAUCACCCUCCUCAAGUCGGGACUUUACCAGUCGCGCGACCGGCAGCGUCCAGGCCCGUGUAUGUGUUUGUGUGAAGCCCGGUGCUCAAGAGUACGUCGGCAGUGAAACGCUUGCACGAAAUGUCCGGACUGACAAAGCUUCGCACGGAUCUCAACAGGUCAACCAACGUGAUUUACCAGGCCCACCAUGUAAGCCGGAGCAAAAGAGGGCAGGUUGUGGGCACCAAGGGGGGCUUCAGGGGCUGUACCAUCUGGCUGACUGGUUUGUCUGGUGCUGGUAAAACUACCAUCAGUUUUGCCCUGGAGGAAUACUUGGUGUCCCACGGCAUCCCUUGCUACUCACUGGACGGAGACAACAUACGCCACGGGCUGAACAAGAACCUGAGCUUCACGCCUGAAGAUCGCGAGGAGAACAUCCGUCGUGUCGCAGAGGUGGCCAAGCUGUUUGCUGAUGCCGGGCUGGUCUGCAUCACUAGUUUCAUCUCUCCUUUCACCAAGGAUCGUGAUGAGGCGAGGAAAGUCCACGCCAGUGCUGGGCUGCCUUUUUUUGAGGUGUUCAUUCAUGCUCCUCUUGAGGUGUGUGAGCGCAGAGACGUGAAAGGACUCUACAAGAAGGCUCGCGCUGGAGAGAUCAAAGGUUUCACUGGGAUCGAUUCCGAUUACGAGCGCCCCGAGGCGCCAGAGCUCGUCCUGAAAACUGGGGAGCUCUGUGUAAACGAAUGCCUCCACCAGGUGCUGGAGUUGCUGCGGGAACAGAAUAUUAUUCCAAGCGGCAUCAUGGAAGAGGUCAUUGAACUCUUUGUUCCAGAGAACAAGCAGCAUUUUGCUGUGGCUGAGGCCAAAACGCUUCCUAGCAUCAGCAUCACCAAGUUGGACCUUCAGUGGGUGCAGGUUUUGGCAGAGGGCUGGGCGAGUCCUCUGAAGGGCUUCAUGAGAGAGCGGGAGUUCCUCCAGGUUUUACACUUUGGCAGUCUGUUAGAUGGUGGAGCGAUCAACAUGUCCGUUCCCAUUGUCUUGGCUGUGAGCACUGAGACCAAGCAGAAGCUGGAUGGCUGUGCUGCUGUAGCUCUGGAGUACAAGGGUUCCCAAGUAGCUAUUCUGAGGAACCCAGAGUUCUACGAACACCGCAAGGAGGAACGCUGUGCACGACAGUGGGGCACCACUUGUCCACAACACCCUUACAUCAAGAAGGUUAUGGAGGGAGGCGACUGGCUUGUGGGUGGUGACCUGGAGGUGCUGGAGAGAAUCAAAUGGAAUGAUGGACUUGACCAGUAUCGUCUCACGCCGCGGCAGCUGAAGCAGAAAUUUAAAGAAAUGGAAGCAGAUGCAGUGUUUGCAUUCCAGCUGCGGAACCCGGUCCACAACGGCCAUGCCCUGCUGAUGCAGGACACCAAGUCCCGUCUGCUGCAGCGCGGCUACAGUAAGCCCGUCCUACUGCUACACCCGCUCGGCGGCUGGACCAAAGAUGACGACGUGCCUCUGGAAUGGCGGAUGAAGCAACAUGCUGCUGUGCUGGAGGAAGGUGUUUUGAACCCAGAUGACACCAUUGUCGCCAUCUUCCCCUCACCUAUGAUGUACGCUGGGCCCACAGAGGUCCAGUGGCACUGUAGAUCCAGAAUGAUCGCUGGAGCCAACUUUUACAUCGUUGGCAGGGAUCCAGCAGGUAUGCCUCACCCAGAAACCAAACAGGACCUGUAUGACCCCAGUCAUGGCAGCAAGGUCCUCACCAUGGCCCCAGGCCUAACCUCUGUGGAGAUCAUUCCCUUCAGAGUAGCUGCCUACAACAAGACUAAGAAGGCUAUGGAUUUUUACAAUGCAGAGCGACAUGCUGAGUAUGAAUUCAUCUCUGGAACUAAGAUGAGGAACUUGGCCCGAAAUGGAGAGAAUCCUCCAGACGGUUUCAUGGCUCCCAAGGCCUGGAAGGUCCUUGUCCAGUACUACUCCUCUCUUACAAAGGAGAAGUAAUCAACACAGUUGAUAACUUCAGUUCUCAAAGGGGAUUUAAUAUGCACUACAUCCCUUCAGUAGUUUUGUGGAUUUUAUUUUCUUAUACAGAAAAAUGCUCGUUUAGUGAUGGGUUGAGAUUGCUACUCAUGAUUUAGGAAUCCUUCUGGCAUUGGGGCAUUUUUUCUUCAGUAAAUCAAAAUGAUUUGUCAAACAGUUAGAACAUUACAUUUUUAUAUUCCUAUACUAUGUGAUUUAUAAACCUUUUCUAAGUUUAUCUGCCUAUUAACUUAAUGUAUUUUAUUAAAUUAAUAGUAUCUUAUUAUGUUCAAGCACAAGAGCAUAUUCCAACACAGGGAAAAACAUUUUAUCUAUUAACAUUUAAUAUGACAAAAGAAAUAAUAUUUUAUGGCGAUGACAUCGCCAUCUGUCGAGUAAUUUGGUUUAACAUAAAGUUAUUUGCAGCUUAAUCACUACCUACAGUGCCUUUUUGUCAAGAUGAUUAAUCAAUUUUGUAUUUUUUUAAUACUACUGUGAAAUACAAUAGAUUUUCUAAUUGUGUCAAAAUUCCUCAGUCUGAAAUAUAAGCAGUAUAAUAGAAAUGUUUUGCAUGUAUUUGUCUAAAAUGUGUUUGAGAUUUAUAGCUUGUUAUGAAGUUGAAAUGCACAGUAAUGUAAUAAAGACCUAACACUUUA